CUGCCUCUCAGGACUGCUCACCAUGAAGCUUCUCACCCAUGUCUUGUGUCUCUGCCUGGCCCUGGCUCUGGCAUGUGCUGAUUCGCAUGAGACACAUGCUUCAGACAUCCCUGACCAUUGUCAUGGUCUUGAGAUGGACGCCGUUGCAGUGGACGAGGAUGGAGUCCCUUACUUUUUCAAGGGCGACCAUCUGCUCAAGGGUUUCCAUGGCAAACCUGAGCUGUUUAAUGAGACCUUUGCCGAGCUGGACGACCAUCACCACCUGAGCCAUGUAGAUGCUGCUUUCCUCAUGCACUAUGAAGAAAGCCAUGACCACGACCACAUGUUUUUCUUCUUGGACGAGAAGGUGUAUAGCUAUCAGAAACACAAGCUGGAAGACGGAUACCCCAAGAACAUUACUGAGGUCUUCCCUGGAAUCCCUGACCACCUGGAUGCUGCCAUUGGAUGUCCCAAAGCUGACUGCGGUGAAGACUCUGUCAUCUUCUUCAAGGAACACGAAAUCUACCACUACAAUGUCAAAACCAAGGCUGUGGAAGAGAAGGAGUUCAAGACCAUGCCAAACUGCACGGCUGCUUUCCGCUUUUUGGGCCACUACUACUGCUUCCAUGGACACUUGUUCUCCAAGUUCGACCCAAAGACUGGUGACGUGCACGGCAAAUACCCCAAAGAGGUGCGCGACUACUUCAUGAGAUGCGCCAAUUACAGUAGCCAUAGCGACGACGUGGAGAGAGAACAGUGCAGCCGCGUUCACCUCGAUGCCAUCACUUCUGACCAUGAUGGAAACAUGUAUGCUUUCAGAGGCCACUAUUUCAUCAGCAGAGAUGCGGGUAACGCCACUCUGAAGGCCGACUCCAUUGAGAACGUCUUCAAGGAGCUGCACAGUGAGGUGGAUGCUGUUUUCACUUACGAGGAUCAGCUUCACAUGAUCAAGGACGACCAUCUAUUUGUUUACAAAGUGGGGGGUGAGCAUCCCGUCCUUAUGGAAGGUUACCCCAAGUCUGUGAAGGAAGAGCUGGGCGUUGAGGGUCACAUUGAUGCUGCAUUUAUCUGUGAGGACCAUCACAUCGCUCACAUCGUCAAAGGUGACCACGUCUAUGACGUGGAAAUGAAGGCCAGCCCUCGCGUUAUCAACAGCGAGCAGCCAAUUGCCCUCUUCAAGACGAUCGAUGCUGCCAAAUGCGACAAAGAUGGAAUUAAAGUGAUUGUAGGCAACCACUACUACACCUUUGAGAGCCUGAAGGUGUUGGCUACUGGCAGGGCCCUGCCCGAGCAGCACAGAGUCUCCCAGGACCUGUUUGGCUGUGAUCACUAGGUUUUAUUCACAGGACUCUGCAGAAUGUCGCACACACCACAGUCAAAUGCCAGUGACACCUGAGUCACCACGUGUUUCACAUAGUUUUUGUUCUUACCUCAAACUAACCCUGUUUUGUUUCUUUCUGCAAAAGUUUUCAUAUUUCAUUACUGUAGUGGACCUCUAUGUAAUUUGAGUUCACAACGUGUUUUUCUGUGAUUCAUUGUGAAUGGCGUCAUUGUGAAUAAAGAGGAGAAUCAGCA